AUGCAGCCGCAUCAAUCGCCAUUCUGCUUUAUCGUGCAGGUUUUGAUAGCCGCCUUGGCGUGCAACCAGCAAAACAGCGCAAGUGCCGUGCAACCGCCGCCCCAAUGUGACAGCUCGUCUCUCGCCGGACUGCUUGCGUUGCCCUCGGCGUCUUGCAAAGCUUCUGCUUCCGUUCUUCAAGAAUCCCUGCAUGUGCUCACACCAGCCUGGUCUUCCACAUCACCGUACGCAUCACAGGAGCGCCUCUUAAGCACCUGGAAAGCUCUGCCUCCGCUCAGUGGGCGUGGAAGUACCGCAGUGAUGCAGCCUCAUCAAUCGCCAUUCUGCUUUAUCGUGCAGGUGGGUUGCCCCGUUCCGCUGUACUGUAAAAGGUCCAGCGAUCGUUGUUUGCUAGUACUUCCAUGCCCACAAGUGUUGUUCUCUCUUGGUUGCGAGUGUGUACAUGUAGCGGGGUUAUUGUUUCUAGCGGGUGAUGUGGAAUUGAAUCCUGGGCCGCCGAAGGAGGAAACAAGCAAAGAGCACAAACAACUUCUUUCUUUGAUAAAAUCCCUUCAUAAAAACGUUGACACGAAGCACAGCGAGGUUAUGGCUUCGCUUAACGCCGUCAAGGAAGCGCAGAGUUCACUUGAAGAAAAAAUUUGCGACAUUCACAGCAGACUUUCCCUGGUAGAGGACAGUAUGCGCUUGAGCGGUGAAAACGCGAGUGUGGGCGUAGCGCCAAAACUGGCAGCGUGGAGCGAACGUCUCAACGAACUAGAAGAUCGCUCCCGCCGCGAUAAUCUGAUAUUACACAGCAUUGAAGACACUGCAGCCGAAACAUGGACCCAGCGUGAAAAAAAAGUAUGCAAUAUCCUUAAUACAGAGUUAAAGCUAAAUCUGGGUGACGAUGACGAACGUAUAUCUCGCGCUCACAGGUUAGGGAAGUACGCGCCAGGCAAAUGCCGACCCGUCAUAAUUAAAUUCGCAUCUUCCAAGCUACGCGAGAGCAUCUUGGUCGCUAGAGCCAAGCUCAAGGCUUGUGGCGUAUCGGUUAACGAAGACUUCUGUGCGACUACGAGAAGUGUGCGUAAAAAGCUUUUUGAAUAUGGAAAAGCUAGCAAACAGCAGUUUUCAGUACGUUACAACAGACUAUAUAUAAACAAAAAGUGCUUCGUGUACUCGCGAACAACCGAUAGCAUCUGUGUACUGGAAUCCGACAGAGAUGAAAGUGGGAACGAUUCUUCGUCUGCUUCUACGUCUGCAGGUAGAGGCCCUUGCUUAUCCUAGCCCAAACAUCAAAUGUUAUGAGUCUUGUGACCCCUGCUCUGGCUGGCACAUCCUUUCUACUAUCAAAUGUCAGAAUCAUAAUCAAUAAGCGAGACACAUUAUCGAGUGUCAUUGACUCGUGCUGCGCUGACGUCGUGGCGCUCACCGAAACAUGGCUUUCCUCCGAUGUAGGCAGUGGUGAACUAUU